AUGUUGAAUAUCUCGACGUUGGCACUUGAAAUCAACGAUACUGAACGGGAUAAGCUGGUGCUGAAUGGAUACAACGUGGCUACCAUGGGAAACUCGACGGAAUGGGGCAUUUGCAUCGGUUGCGCGAUCAUUAUGCGUGUUUGGAUUGUUUCCACCAACAUUGUUGGAAAUGGCACGGUAGAUGCGACAACCCCGAAGACUUAUGAACCGCGUCAGAAAAUAAAGUAA